CAGGCCCACAUGUCGACGUGAACGUGGGAUGCUUCAUGCAGUACCUGGCGGAGACCCCUCCGCCAUCGUGCCGGCUGUCCAAGCAGUCGCUGAUCGGACUUCGACGGGAGAUAGCAGCGAUAAGAAGGUCUUUGAAGAGGGGAGUGUCCAUUCACCAGACGGCGGUGAAAACCCAAAAAGAGGAGCGAGUGAUUUCAAAAGCCAUCCUCCUGAAGUGCCGGGAACUGGCAGCCAAGGCAAUACCCGAUCUUCUGAGCCUCUUGGAAAAUGGCCCGAAUCAGAAGAACCAAUGGCAGUUCUACGGGCACUUUGCUGCAUUGUUGUCAGCCCUUUAUGGUCACAGAGGCGGGGUAUUCCAAAACAUUACGAUGCAGGAGGUGUUGGGGGCACAAAGGUCCGUCUCGGAGAAGGCUUACCUGAUUAACGUGACAAGCCACAAAACUAAUCAAUAUUUUGGCCCUGCUCAAAUUGCCCUAACAGAGGAGGAGUGGGGUUGGGUGCAGCGCUUCUUAAGCAUAAAGGAUAAGCUGCCAGGGGGGACGAACCCAAAAUACUUGUUUUUCACAUCAACACCCAACCCCUGUAAAAACCUAAAUAAUUACUUCCAGGACGCCUGGAAGUCAAUGGGCCUACCUGGGUGCCCCACCUUCACAGAUGUGCGAAGCUCCAUCGCCAGCCACGCCAGGUUUACGCACUCCACAGAGGACCGGCUUAAAAUCUCCAAGUUUAUGUGCCACGACCUGAGGACAGCCGACAAAUUCUACGUGGUGAACCUCUCCGCCCAACAGGCCAUGGAGCACCGCCGUCUGUUCGAGAGUGCGUUAGAGGGAGCAGAAAGGAGCCCAUCAAAGCAGAGUCCCAAGAAAAGGAAGAGGCCUUCGAAGUCCGAGAAGAGCAGAAAGAAGCGGUGCCAGAGGCCUCUGGACGAGUCACCAAAGAGCACCACAUCAGAAGAGCUGGUGCUACAGCUGCAGGAAUCCGGCACAUCAAGUCUCGAGGGCACUGAGAGUGAAAGAACGGCCGGGGAGGACGGCCAUUGAAAAGCGCAAGAUAGACACUUUUGCACCACACAAUGCACUUUAUUGGACUGAACUGUUUUGUUAAACCUUACAUUGGACUUUAUUUGUGUGAACUGUUCUGUUAGCCCUCACAUUGCACUUUAUUUGUGUGUACUGUUCUGUUACAUGUUUCUACUUAAAUGCUGUGAUUGUUGUUUCCAUUGUUUAUUGUGAAACCAGUGUUCAAAUGUUUGUUCCUUUAUUAGUGUUCAAUAAAACAACUUGUUAUU